GCGGAAAAACAGAAAAGAGCCGGACAAGGGGGGGGGGGGGGGGGGAUUCAGUUUUUCACGGAGACCAAAUGAAAAUACUUUCACACUAACAAGAUCAGAGCCAGUCUUUGAAAAAGUUUCAGAGAAAUCAGCUAGAAGUGAACUGUUGUUUAAGACAUACGAGAUUACCCAGAAUGAUAUUAGGGAGACUUCUGAUGAGGCUACGCAGCAGAACAUAUUGGACCUUAGCCUAGACAAGUUCGGGCCUUACAAACUCUGGCUGUAUCAGGAAACGAUGUUUGCAGUGGCUCAGAAAAAAAAUGGGUUUCCUACCAUAUUAUUUCCUUCAAUGUUCCUAAAAUGCCAAGGUUGGCUGGACGUGAUGGCAGUGAAUUCCCAGUCGGCCAUUGUCAACCUAGGACAUCCCAAUGCUGUGGUUUCUCUGGCUACAACUGGUAUGGAUCGCAGACUGAAGAUAUUUGAUCUGAGAAUGUACAAAGAACUCAGCCGAUUCCAGUACAUCGCAAGGCGCUGUCCUGGACUUUUAUUUCUGUACAAAGAUAAAACCACCCAGACCCACCAACCAGACAAGCCUUACAUCUAUCAUUGUGCUGACAGGCUGGUGGCAGAUCUCACGUUCUCUCCGUAUGAGAAUGUGUUUGGCAUAGGACACGUGUGGGGAUUCUCCAGCAUCGUAUCAAGGUCUCAAAAAAAAAAAAAAAAAAAAAAAAAAAAACAGACUAAAGUGCUCAUGUUGUUGGAUAAGGUCAGGCCUGAGUUGAUCACAUUGGAUGGCCAGAUAUUGUCCCGAAAGAAGGGAGUGCAGGAGCAGCACUUUAGGGCUGCAGUGAGAGAGAUUGUGAGGACAAAGCAGGUGGGGAAAAAAACAGCUACAGAUUUUUAUUAA